ACGCGUUUGCGGCGAUACAAUUGAAAAGAAAGCAGGAACAAGUAAUAGUGUGUGUCGCGAUCAGUGGAACAACAAGGGAGCAAAUAGAACGGAUGGAAUGUACGAGUAACGGUGUUCAACCAUUGGAUACGCAGCUUGAUCAACUCUCCCCCGCGCUGGAUCCUCUACAUUUAGGCCUGAUGGAGCUGGGCACGCCACGAGCGCUGACCACCGGGGAACACACAACACGCUCUGCCCCCCACCGCCAACCUUGAAAGGAGGGACACUCAGCUACUCCUAACCUUCCCUUCUCCCCUCUUCCACUACCUCCUUUGGUACACCUCUGUCCUCCCCCUCCCUCCCUCCCUCCUCCCCCCUCCCUGGUCCUGAGAUGGUGAUGGUGAUGAUGAUGAAGCUGAAGCAGAACCUGCUGGUGGCCUGUCUGGUCAUCAGCUCAGUCACAGUCUUCUACUUGGGUCGUCACGCCAUGGAGUGUCACCACCGCAUCGAGGAGCGCAGCAGCCAGCCUGGGGACCAAGGGCUUCUGGGGGGCCUUCAGGGGCCGGGAGGGGUCCUCCUGGGGGGCUCUUUGAGCUCCUCCGCCAUCCUGCGGGGCUCUGGUCCCGGGGGCCGUAACCUCUCCGUUCCAUUCGUCUACAACAAGGACAUGCCCCUAGUGUUCAUUGGAGGGGUUCCCAGGAGUGGGACAACGUUGAUGAGAGCCAUGCUUGAUGCUCACCCUGAGGUUCGGUGUGGAGAGGAGACCAGGGUUAUUCCACGUAUCCUGGCCAUGAAACAGAUGUGGUCGCGGUCGGGGAGGGAGAAGAUGCGUCUGGACGAGGCCGGGGUGACGGACGAGGUCCUGGACGCCGCCAUGCAGGCCUUUCUCCUGGAGAUCAUCGUAAAGCACGGCGAGCCCGCCAACUUCCUCUGUAACAAGGACCCCUUCGCUCUGAAGUCCCUCUCCUACCUGGCUAAGAUCUUCCCGCACGCCAAAUUCUUGCUAAUGAUCCGGGACGGACGCGCCUCGGUCCAUUCCAUGAUCUCGCGUAAGGUGACGAUCGCUGGCUUUGACCUGGGCAGCUACAGAGACUGCCUGACCAAGUGGAACAGGGCCAUAGAGACCAUGUACACUCAGUGCCUGGAGGCCUCAGACAAGUGCCUGCCGGUGCAUUACGAACAGCUGGUGCUCCAUCCAGAGAAGUGGAUGAGGACGCUGCUCAAAUUCCUGGACAUUCCUUGGAACGAGGCGGUACUUCACCAUGAGGAACUCAUAGGGAAAGCAGGAGGUGUCUCCCUCUCCAAGGUGGAGAGGUCUACAGACCAGGUGAUCAAGCCGGUCAACGUGGAGGCCUUAUCCAAGUGGGUGGGCAAGAUCCCUGCGGACGUACUGCGGGACAUGCCCGUCAUCGCCCCCAUGUUGUCCCGUCUGGGGUACGACCCCCACGCCAACCCUCCCAACUACGGCCAGCCAGACCCCAAGGUCCUUGACAACACCAGGAGGGCUACAGACGGGCGGGCUCUGGUCACAGACGGGCGGGCUCUGGUCACAGACGGGCGGGCUCUGGUCACAGACGGGCGGGCUCUGGUCACAGACGGGAGGGCUCUGGUCACAGACGAGCGGGCUCUGGUCACAGACGGGCGGGCUCUGGUCACAGACGGGAGGGCUCUGGUCACAGACGGGAGGGCUCUGAUCACAGACGGGCGGGCUCUGGCUACAGACGGGCGGGCUCCGGUCACAGACGGGCGGGCUCUGGUCACAGAACAUGGGCACACUACAUAUUAAUGCAUACAGUAUCAUAUGAUGUGUUUACAUACAUCCUUGGAACCAUAUAGAUCCUAUUCAAUUACUUAGAGGUGCUAUGUCUAUGUUAUAAACCCUCAAAGUUCCAGAAUGGGUUGAACAUUGCAGCCAUAUUGGUCAGGGAGAAAUCCAAACCAGUCUCAUUGGAACGAAUGGCCCGAGAGGCAUAAUCCAGAUUUGACUUAGGCAGGAAAAUAGAAGUAAGGCAUGUGAUAUAUUUAAGCAAUAAGGCGGAGGUGUGGUAUAUAGCCAAUAUACCACGGCUAAGGGCUGUUCUUAGGCACGACGCAGCGCAGAAUGCCUGGAUA